AUGGAAAGGGAUGGGCUUUAUGCUGGUUAUAGGUUGAAUAGAUGGUCACCUUUUGUGUCUCAUUUAAUGUUCACAGACAAUGUAAUGCUUUUUGGUAUCUUGACUAAUGAUAAUAUUGCAGCUGUCAACACCAUAUUGCAAAAUUACUCCACAUGGUCUGGUCAACAGGUAAAUUACAAUAAAUCUGCGGUUUCGUUUAGUAAGGGAGUUGCAUCUGACAUGCAACAAGAUGUUAUUACUGCUCUUGGAGUGAAGCAAAUGGAAAUUGAAGAUAAAUUCUUGGGAGUCUAUAUUUUGAAACCGAGUUAUAGAUGCAAUAGCCAUGAAUAUCUCAUUGAUAAAUUUGAUAACAAGCUAGCUGUUUGGAAAAAAGAAAUGCUUUCGCAUGCAGGGAGAACGACAUUGAUUCAGGCAGUGCUAGCUUUGAUUCCACUAUUACAUAUUAUCAACAAGCUAUCCCAAACUAUUAGGAAUUUUUGGUGGGGUCAUUCAAGAGAGCAGAAGAAACUCCAUUACAUUAAAUGGGACUGGUUUAUCAGUAAUAAAAAUAAGGGUGGUCUAGGAUUAAGAUCAUUAGAGAAUCUGAACAAAGAACUGGUGGUCAAAUUAGCAUGGAGAUUUAUUAAUGAUACUGACUCUUUAUGGAGUUCCUUGUUGAGAGCCAAGUAUCUCAGAAACUCGAACUUCCAGACUGUAAAAAAGCCACAAAGAUGUUCAAGUACUUGGAGUGCUUUGUUGUCUGUCAGAACUAUACUGUCGGAAGGUGUUUUGUGGUCGAUUGGUGAUGGAAGCUCGGUAAAAAUAUGGUCUGAUCCAUGGGUGCCUAAGAUUCAAGGGUUUAAACCUUCUAACCCUCUUCAACUUCCAGUCAACAUUUCGAGGGUGUGUGACUUGAUAAUCCACAAUGAAAGAAAAUGGAACGAGUCUUUAAUCCAUCAGUUGUUUAGCCCCUAUGAAUCUGCUCAAAUUCUUGGCAUAAGAAUCUUUAAGAACCCAUCUCCAGACAAGCUUGUCUGGACUUUGACAUCUCAUGAAAUCAGUUUGAAAUCCUGUUUGCAAAGAUGGCUUCUGGCCAGUGAUGAUGAUUAUGCGUUCUACUUGGGUGCUUGUUUGUUGUGGGCAAUAUGGAAGGCCCGUAAUAACCUUAUUUACGAGAAGAACAACAUAAGCAUUGAAGUUAUUAUCCGAGAUGGGAUGUACUGGUUUAACAAGUUUUAUUACUAUGAAGAAGUCAGUAAUGGCGAUAUGUCUACAAGGUCUAUCUCAAGUGGCAGUCAGAAUGUGAUGACUCAAUGGUGUGCUCCCCCUACUGGCAAGAUCAAGAUCAACGUCGAUGUUGCUUGUAAGGGUGACAGGGCCUCGUGUGCUGUCGUUGCAAGAGAUUGGCAUGGUAAUCAUUUAUGCAGUGAAACUAUGAUUUUACCCCAUGAUUCUCCAGUUAUUACAGAAGCAAAUGGAUUUCUGUUGGCUGCAAAUCUUGCCUCUCGUAUGAAUUUCAAUCAGGUUAUCUUGGAAGGGUAUAGUAUAACUGUUGUCUAG